AUGACCACCAGAUACGAAGAAGCUCAUAAGCCCGAAAAUUGGAAUGGUCCAGGAGACGCUCGACCUACUGCUCAAAAGAUUGUCGAUGACAACGAUCUCAAUGACAAGCUAGUGGGCAAGGUCGCUCUUGUGACUGGUUGCUCCUCCGGCAUCGGUAUCGAAACAGCACGAGCGCUCAAGAGCACUGGUGCCACUGUCUAUGUCACAGUUCGUGAUCUUGACAAGGGACAGAAGGCACUGUCGGAUCUUCUUGAACCAGGCAGGUUCGAAAUGCUACACUGUGAUCAGAACUCGCUCACCAACGUCGAAGCCUGUGCCAAGGAAUUCCUCAGCAAGAGCUCAAAGCUGAACCUGAUGAUCAAUAACGCCGGUAUUAUGGCUGUUCCAACGUGGGAGCUCACCAAAGAUGGUCACGAAGCUCAAUUUGGAGUCAACCAUCUCGCUCACUUCCUUCUUUUCCAGCGACUGAAAUCAACACUCUUGUCGUCUGCCACCUCCGAGUUUCCUUCUCGUAUCGUUAACGUUUCGUCGUCUGGUCACCGGACUGCUCCUGUCAACUUCGAUGACCUUCGAUUUGAUGAAGAUGGUGCCUAUGAUCCCUGGAAAGCAUAUGGCCAAGCCAAAACUGCAAACAUUUGGUUGGCGAACGAGGUCGAACGUAGGUACAGUUCCCAAAAUCUGCAUAGAUUUUCGUUGCAUCCUGGCGGAAUCUGGACUGGUCUACAGGUACACAUGGACGUUGAGCAGUACAAGGGGAAUAAACAGGUCGAGAGAAUGAUGAAGAGUCCGGAGCAGGGUGCGGCGACCACUCUGGUGGCUGCGUUAGAUAAGGACCUACACGGUAAAGGCGGUCUAUACCUUAACGACUGUGAGGUUGCCAAACUGGCUGAUGAAUAUGCUUACCCUGGCUCAGCCGGACACGCAACGUGGGCUUAUGAUCCCGAAGGUGAGAUGCGACUGUGGAAGGAGAGCUGUAAGUUGGUUGGCAUUGAGGAUGAGUAA